UUCUUAUCUAGGCUCUCUUGUCGAUGAAGAGGGAAAUUGGAUUAUAAAGAGAAGUGUAACGAGGUUGAGAUCAGAGAUGGAUCGGUGGAGCAACAGAGUGGCCGUGGUGAGCGGAGCCAGCGAGGGCAUAGGGGAAGCCAUCGUGCGGCGGCUGGCUGCGGAGGGGAUGAAGGUGGUAGCCCUGGCCAGGAGGGAGGAGAUGCUCAAGAAACUAGAGGAAGAGAUGACAGAAAAGAAGCUGUACGUGAGAGGACAUGUUUGCGACGUAUCCAAGGAUGACCAGGUGCAAAGUGCAUUCAAUUGGAUAGAAGAAAAUGUCGGACCAGUCAGCGUAUUGGUGAAUAACGCCGGCGUGUAUAGAGUGAUUCCUGUUCCUGAGAUGGACAUAAGCACUAUGAAAACAAUUGUCGACACCAACUUGACAGGCUUGUUGGAGACUACUAUACACGGACUCAGAUCAAUGAAGAAGAACAAUAUUGAUGAUGGCCAUAUUUUCAAUAUUAAUAGCAUUCUGGGACACAGAGUACGUGGUAAUAAAGGCGAUUCUGUAUAUUCGGCAACAAAACACGCUGUUACUGUCCUCAACGAAACUUUGAAAGCAGAACUUGGAGAAAAAAAGUCUAAAAUCAGAGUGACGAGCAUAAGCCCCGGAACAGUUCGAACAACGAUGGCUAAGGACGUCAUCGCAAGAAGGCCUGGAGUGGGAUUUCUGGAACCAGAGGACGUAGUUGACUCAGUAAUGUUUGCUUUAUCGUCACCAGCAAACGUUAAUAUAUCCGAAAUAACUAUAGAUCCAGUAUGAGGCAAUCUUCCAAUUUCGAAAAACAACAUAAACAUCUUUAAGGCAAUUUAUGUUCUACAGAAUACUUACAUAAUUACA